GGCCCCAGGCCCCAGCCCUGGCCCAAAGUGGGCUCGUUUGUUCUGUGUCCUAGCCACCGCGGGAUCGAAGUCCUCGAGCCACGGCGACCACGAUGCAGCUCCUGAUGAGAGUGCCCUCUCUUCCGGAGCUGGGUGAGCUGGACUGCAACAUCUGCUUCCGACCCUACAACCUCGGGGCCCGCGCUCCCCGCCGCCUGCCUGGCACGGCGCGCGCCCGCUGCGGCCACACGUUGUGCACCGCUUGCCUGCGCGAGCUGGCGGCGCGGGGAGACGGCAGCCGCACGGCCGCGCGUGUGGUGCGCCUGCGCCGUGUUGUCACGUGCCCGUUCUGCCGCGCGCCUUCCCCGCUCCCGCGCGGCGGCAUCACGGAGAUCGCGCUAGAUCCUGACUUGUGGUCACGGCUAGAGGAAGAAGCCCAGGCUGAGUGUGAAGGAGACCCGAUGGGGAGCCCGGCCAAAGAAAGCGGAGAGGAUGGAGAGGACGACGACGGGGAACAGGAGAGCGAGAUGGGGGCGGGACCUUCAAGUGCGGGUUGGCGCGCGCUUCGCCGAAUUUUGGACAGGGUCCUGGCGCCGGCGCGCCGCUUGCGGCGUCCGUUGCCUAGCAAUGUGCUCUACUGUCCAGAGGUCAAGGACAUUGCCCACAUGACGCGUUGUACGCUGUGACCGAAGAACCCGGGAGCUGUGGCAGAAAGCAGGUGGGAGCAGCAUCUUCGAGCGUGCUCUGAUACAAAGGGUUGAUGUCAAGACUACACUGAUACUGGAAUUGGUACGCGCGUGACGGAGAUGGAGCUGAACAGAAAGUACCCUAGGCGGUGUGAAUUGUGAGCAGCGAAGGCUCCUAGACUGUGCCAGCAUUACAUUUUCAGGAUGGAGUGGCCAAGGGAUAACAGAAACAAAGCCUACCAUAAUGUGGAAAGAGAAAAAAUGUGGCGUUUGUAAGCAACAGAUCCCAUUUUAGCCGUAGUCUGUGGUGGGAAAUGUUUACUUUGGGAAAAGGGGGGGGGCAGGACAAGGGAUAAGCUAGUUUUUAUGCCGUGUCAAUCUCACUUAUCUGGUUAUGUGUGUUUGCUGGCAUGCCAUCUACCCACUCCUGGUUCCUUGUUCCAGAAAUUUCUGGUUGCCUCCCCGCUUAUGAUUGGAAGUCUUGCGUACACAAUCUCCCUUCAGCCUGGUAGGGCAGGCAUGAAAACAUCCAAGGGACAUUUACAGGAGGCCUUAAUUAAGGCCUAUCAGGGAUGGGUGGACCAUUUGAUAAAGGAAGCAAAAUCUAGCCCUUUGUUAUCUGUACUGACUGUGUAGCAAUACUGGUGGGGGAGAAGGAUGCUCAUAUAAUUUAAAUGUGUCCCAUAAUGGGACAUUGUUUACUAUAUGUAGUUAGUUAUAUUUUUAAAGUACUGUAAAUAUCUUACUGUAGACUUAUCAAGACCAGCAGUGUUGGUUGGUCUCACAGCUUGCUAGAAAUGCAGAAUUUCAGGACCCCAGUCCACAUUCCCUGAUAUUUUUUAGACUCUCAGGUGCAUGUAUGAAAGUUAAGAAACACUGGUUUAGAUCUUAGUCACUAUGAGAUGUCAUCAUCAUCUGUAGGUGAAAUAUUUAAAACACUAAUGACACAUUGCUUUAAAGUUCCAAAGUGACAUUCUUUUGAGAAGAAAAGCUUUGAGCUAAAAAUGUGAAUUUGCAGUAGACCUCAGUUUUCAGAGGUCUUCAAGAUCUUGUUUUUAUUGACAAAUAAUAAUGUAUCCAGUUAGAAGCUAUAAACCUCCAUUUUAAAACUGUUUUGUCCUUUUCC